AUGAGCUCCAGCACUCCCGUUGAGGAUACUAUUCGCGCCAAGAUUAUGGCUGCCCUCAAUCCGCAGACUCUCGAGAUCUACAAUGACUCUCAUCUGCACUCUCACCACAAGGCCAUGGAACAUACUACUUCCAGCGAGACACACUUUCGCGUGGUCAUCACCUCAGACGCCUUCAACUCCAAGAUGCAGCCUGCUCGUCACCGCAUGGUCUAUGCCCUUCUCCGCGAUGAGAUGGCCCAGGAGAACGGCAUCCACGCCCUCCAGCUGCGCACCAUGACUCCCGAGGAGGAAACCCGCCAAAGGAAGAAGAAGGAAGCCGAAGCCGCCGCCAGAGAUGCCCGCACCGAAGCGCAGGACGAGUGA